AUGGCUGAGAAGGAGAAGAAGAAGAAGAAAAUCAAAGAGAGGAGGGCUGAAGAAGAUGAGGAAGCCCAUCCAAUCAAGAAGAAAGAAAGAAGAACGAGUGAGAAGAGGGAACGCAGGUGGGAGGAGAAGUACCUGAAGGAGGAAGAGAGGAGAAAAAAGGCUGAGAGCCCAGAAAUUGAAGGGGAAUCCACUUCCAUAAGAGUGGAUAAGGGGGAGUUAGUGCAACUGAGAAAAUCAGGGCAACUUGAGGAGGAAAUAAUGCAAGAAAAAAUGGUUGUGACUGAUGAUGGUGAAGAUUUAGACAUUACCCUCUUGAUGCGGCGUCAUAAGGAGAAUGCACUGCAAGGGUCGACAGUCGACCCACCAAUUUUGCAAGAUGCAGUGGAGGAAAAGGAGAAGAGAAGCAAGAGAAGAUGUUGUGGGCACAACAAAUCAUCGUAG